CCGUGUAUUCCGAUUGCUACCAUUUAGUCAAUCUCGCGAAAAUAAUAAAAUUCAUUUCUAAUCAAAACAAAUUAAAAUAUUAUAUAAAUUAAACAUUUUUAGUGUGCUAAUUACACAACUCCGGAUACACCAAUAGACUUGUCUUACUGAAAGGGGCUUAUAAAAUUGUCUUUACUUACCUUCCGGUGUAGCACACUUUUCACAUUGCUGGCAUAAGUAACAACGGGAGGACUGCUCAAUUCACUCAUCGACCAUCGAUACACGAUUACACCAAUCAACUAAGAUCUGUCAGACUACAAGGUUAUAGAAAACUUACCUGUUUGAACGUUGGAAAUGGUUACCCAUUGUCGAGCUAGACCAUACCCGUUUAUGUCAUUGAAGUCUGUUCUUAUGCAGAUCUACGCAAAAUGGUUCUUUAAAGAAAAUAAAAAAUAUAUGACAGCUUAGCAUUGCAUGGUCUAAAUAUGUCAAAACCUGAUGAAGAUACAAAGACACCUAGAGAAAGUGGUCUUAAAGGUAGUCAGGAACAAUCUUUUGCUGAUCUUCGAGAGACAGGCGCUUGUGGAAAUGGGAAAGCGAAUGUUCCAGAUCUUCCCCACACAUCUAACAAGGUCACUGGAAGUCGUCCAUCAGUUGAAUCAUCUGACUUUCGAGAGACAGGCGCGUGUGGAAAUGGGAAAGCGAAUGUUCCAGAUCUUCCCCACACUUCUAAAAAGGCCACUGGAAGUCGUCCAUUAAUUGAUACCACCCAAAAGCAAUGUAUGAGGCGAAGAGAUGCGUCUGGUGAUGAGAAUGACGGUGCAUCCUUAAUAGGAAAAACUUUCGGCGAUGAUGAGAAACAAAAUAAUGGACAAGUCGAGCAACGCCUUCUUCCGAAAGAUAACUGCAAUACCAUUCUUACCCUUGACAUGGAAUCCGAGAAAAACAAGGAAACAGACAGCGUGAAAACACCAGAAAAGAAUGGAUAUACCUCUUCGAUGCAAAGUUUGAACUGGGUAAUAUAUGUGGAGACCGAUGCUAUUGUAGCACCGGUGGCAUUUGCAUCCAACGACAGAGAUUUGUCGGCACAGAAUGGCGACAAUGAACGCGAAGUCCGAACCAACGUGUUGCGCCAGACUGGUAUAUCAAGUGAAACACCAACUCCUCUAACGAAUGUUUUGACUGUUGCAGUACAGACAAGCGAUGCUCCAAAUGAUGACAGUUUAGGUCGCAACGAAGUGGGAUUUGUUGGUCUUCCUUCUGUAAGAAAUGCAGUCGUUUACAAUGGGAGAUGCACUGAAGAAGACAUCGAAGUUGAUGACUUGGAGAGCCCUAUAAAUGUUUUUGAAGGUCGCAUCUCGUGUCUAGCAUGCCAAAGGUCAGCGAGGAACACCGUGAUACGACCAUGUGGUCAUCGGCUAUUCUGUAUGAACUGUGCUCAAAGGAUAAGAACAUGCUGGCAAUGCGGAGUAGCGAUCUUACAAAUGAUUAGAAUUAACACCAACCAAUAAUUUUAAUUAUUUUGUUUAUUAGUUUAGUAUUCUCACCGAUAUCAAAAAUAAUCUUUACACAAUUAGAUUUUUUUUAAAGUUCAUACAGUUAAAGCUUUUUGGCUUAACGGUUGAUCUUUAUCAAGUGGUCUCUUUUUUACAUUUGUGAUUUCAAAGAAAUUAAGGCCCAAACCCUCAACAUACGUUCUUAUUUGACAAACGAGUUUUAAAUACUAUUUUAUGAUCGAAUUGUAUGUUUAGAGGUAGGGCAAAUAAACAAGACUUAUCGGCUACCAAUUCCUUUAUUGUUGACAUGAGCAAAUUGUAUCAGAUUAUUCACAGAAAACGAAGAUAAAAGAAAUGGUUGCACAAUUAUAUAUAUUCAAAUAGUCAUAUAAUACUACAGAACGAUUAAAUAAAAAGUGCUUUAUUUAGAAAUUUGAUAAACUGCUCUCUAGUUACAUAACUCAACCAUCUUCACACCAAGCAUAUUUACUUCGAAAUAUAAUACACGUAUAUCCUUUGUUAUAUCACAUUCAAUCAAGUAACUUUAUUUGUAAUUCGCGACUUUUCAGUGACUAAAUGAUGCAACAUGAUAACAGACAAAUAUCACAAUGUAAAUUAAGUACAUUUGAAACAAAAUCAACCUAACUGUUUCUUGUACAAUAAGCCCUCUGGGUUUAUAAUACAUCUUUAAUAACAUUUGUUUUGUAAACUGUUUGUUUUCAAAUAAAGGUCAAUAAGAUGCCGUAUUGAGCGUGAUGGAAACGUCUUACUUCAAACGUCUUCCGAAUUGAACUCUGUUGGCGCAUUUGACGAGUAAUGUCUGUAUAUUAAUUUUCUUUAUACUCAAUCACUUAGCCUCUUUGGCGAUGAUGCUGUGAGUAAGAGCUUCACUCAUACGACCUAUCGCCAGCAACAUGAUAAUGCCGCCAGUAUUCCCGGAAAGUGCUAUGCCACGUCCUCGUCCAUAAGUCAAACGUCUGGGUGAAAUGCCCCCGUAUUUUCUUUUCAGCUAGGUGGUGUAUGUAUCUUAGCUGAAUAAAACAGGUCAUAGAAAUAAAACAUUGAUAUUUAUAUUAAUUAAACUACACUCAAUAUUAAUGCAUGUUGAUGAAAAAACAACAACGAUAAACAAAUGUUUAUUUGCACAAACAAUGCCAUUUAUAUUAUUUCACUUUCUACAGCACACUUGACUUUCCGCGGUAUCAUUAAAACACUGCGGAUUCCGGCAUUCUUGCGACUUAAACACAUUGACGACGCAGUCAGCAUCUAUGCACAUGCUCUUGUGGCUGUGGAUUAGGGCAAAGGGUGACAACCUGUCGCUUUUUAUUGUCGUUCGCAGGAAGUUUUUUUAUUCGUUUCAUUCCACUAAACGACCUUUCACAAGAGGCUGAUGUAGGUAGCAUGGUAACAAGAACCUCGAAUAUUGUAAAUAUGCACAGAUACAGGUCCUUGUUGGUCUGCUUGAGGGUCUAUUGUAGUCUUGACGGACUUACGGCUGCGAUGCUUCAUCUGACCUUCCAUCCAGCAAUUUCUGUUUUUAAUGUGUCAAAUGUUUGGUGGAGAUCAGGGCAUAAGCAGUAUAAAAUGAUGGCAGUAUGCCGUCCUGCAGAAUGUCAUAUUUUGAAGGUAGCAAAUGUUAUAUACUGUAUCUUUCUUCAUAGUAUACGGCUUUCCAUUUCUUGUACUAAAUGAUCAAUGAAGACAUUUUACAAGGUUAUUCAGAAGUAGUCAGAUGGUGUUUGCACGUCAGGAUUUGCUCUGUUUUGUUGUCGGUCAGCUCUUCUUAGCAUUGAUGGUUGAAUGUCGAAGCCUGAGCUUAUAUACGUUGCCCUCCAUUCAUUGCUCAAUUUGACAAUAACGUUUGUCUAUUCAACAGCGUGAAGUAGAUCGUUGUCUCCCUUCUGAAGUAGAAUUGUCAGCUCCACGGUAGUACCCAAAAUGUGUUGCGUCAUUACAAGUGAGAUUAUGAAUUCAAAGUGCAGUACAGCGACCAAAUACUGGCCGGCCUUCACGGCCUAUAUCAAGCUACGCCCCUGUAUGUCAAGACAGUAACGUAGCUUUUUUACAGUAGUUGUACUUCCUAUUCCGGUUUCCUAUUCUACAAAAAAGGAGUCAAAAUAUAGAUGUCUUGAGGCCUGGAAGUAAGUUUUCAAUUCCUGAUUCUACAUCAUUUCUAAAGUUAAAUGAAUAUAUUUUUUUUUAACUUCCAAGUGUAAUUACGGUUUUAUUUAUAAUAACGAAUAAUUGUAAACCAGGUGUCGUGAGUUAAAUUCUCACUGGCGGCCUUUUGGAUGUACAUAUUACUAUUGUUGUUUUACAGUUUUAUUUACAGUUUUAUUGUGUUUAAUAAAUAAAACUAUGUAAACAUAUAUAUCUUCACUCUUCCAAACGACGACUGUCUAUCUGACUUUGACUUCUUCCUAUAAUACAUUAUUAAAGAGAAACACGUAUUAUAUAUUAAAAAUAAUACUAUAUUAGUCAAAUGUCUAGGGGCAGAGAAUGUUACUGUCUUGGAGGUAGUUUCCUGAGAUCCCGACCAUAUGGUCAUUUUGACGGGCGUGGUCAACUUUUUUUUACCCAUAUAGUUACCAAACGCCAGAACUGAUAACAGUACUGGAUCACGCCGGUUGUGUUAUGGAUGAUCCGGUCCUUUCCAACACGCGUCGAAGUUGCGUUCCCGAGAUUUGGAACGGUUGUAGUCCGCCCUUUGUUUGCCAGGAUUGAAGGCAUCAGGUAAUGGACCACAUGGCCUUUCCUUAACCGGAUCAUAGUCUCUGUCGAUCUGAAAUAAGGUCGGCUGAAAUGCUGCAGCAGUUUUAUCAGCUAAAGGUUGUGGUACUAAGGUAUCAGCAGAUUCACCUUUCCUGUUUCAGUGGCUCGAUGAGUACUGUUGGUCUUUCUUUUUUUGUUCUAUCUUUUUAAAUAUAUGGUUCUUUGUGAGUUAAUCAUUGCGUAAUGGGACCAAUACUUUUUCAUCAUUUUUGAAACCAUAGUUGAAUAGUCUAAUGUACAUUAAAGUUAUAUAUCAAUAUACAUAUCAUAAAAUGAAACUUGAACUCGACUACAUAGUAUAAUAUUUUUUACACUGUGUUUUAUUUUCUUCGCACACCCGACAGACAUAUACACUCAGAGAGAAGAAAAACACAACAUAAAUUCGCCCUCUUCUUAUGCUUUAAACAACAUUGGAACAAACCAAUUGAUGUCCAAUUUCUUUGUAUUUCGAAAUAAUCAAUGAUUUUCGCCGAAUAACUUAAACCUUUUAAAACAAAUAUAGUUAAUCGUAACUAUUCUUUAUAUGAUUUUCGAAUAGAGAAUUUGACAGAAUUUAUAUAAAAACGAAAGAAUAAAAUGAAAACAAAAUAGUGUGCUGAGCUUGAUUCUUUUAAAAGACAAUUAAGAUUUGUCAAUGAUUAAUUAUCUUACUAAAAUGUUUGUUUGUAAAACAUUGGAUUUUAGAAAUUCGUCGGCAAAGUGUGACUCGUACUUUCAGAGAACAAAAAUAUGUUUAUAUUAUAGAACAAAUACGUGACAAAUUGAAUUCGUGUUUUGAUUGUAAUGUAUGUGUUUUUGUUGUCUGAAGAAAAGUAGUUCACAAGCCAUUGUUUGAUUUUUUAUCUACUUUUCUGGCAUAUCCCCGUUGAAAAACAAUGACAAUGUAUUACAUUUGCUAUGUACUAAAACUCUUGAAUAGUGUAAAAUGAUUUUACUAUACCAUAACGAGUUUGUUAGUUACAAAAAACCCUGUUAUUUCAUAGAAUUUGUUUUCUUAACAUUUGUUUUUUUAAUAUUUUAUUUCGUGUUAUUUGAUUUUAAGUUGAUAUUUUGUUUGAUGUUAAGCAUGAUACUGUUAGGAAUUAAGCAUGUUUCACUAUGUAAUAUUGCAUGCUGUAUAUUGUAACUGUAAUAUUUCUUUACUUUUGUACAUACUAUGUUUUUGAGUGUCAAUUUAUGUAAAUCAAGACUUAUAUGUAGCCAGACUAUACGGGUCAUUGCUGGUCUUCUUAGAACGAUACCCAAUCUCCCUGACUAGACUAUAUACGGAUACAUACGCACUAGCAUUUUCAUAUAUCUAGUAUAAAACAAAUUAGAAGGUAAUUUAACAGUUCUAGAGAGGUUGCGAAACACUACAUGUACGUGUACGUAAACGUGAAGCUACACGCGCAUGUAAAAGCUGCAGUUGAAUGGUGGAUGCCAUAGGGCACAUGAAUAGUCCACACGUACACAAACAUAGUGCCCAGAAUGUAGUCCACAUGUCUACAUACCUGAAUAACAUAGUGCACAAAACGUAGUCCACACUUUCAUAUACAUAGUGCACAAAAUGUAGUCAACACGUACACAUACCUGGAUGACAUGAUGCACAGAAGGUAGUCCACAUGUACACGUACCCGUUAAAGUAGGGUUUCGCAAUCUUUCUUUUGUUGAAGUCAUGACAGCAAUCUCGCAGGUGACAUAACUUGUAUAAGCUAAAAUCAUUGAUGUCAAUGAAUCCAUAUCGUCUGAAAAGUCGCCCUUAUAACAAAUGUUGACCGCUACUUUGUUUUGAAAAACGCAAGCAAAAGACGGAUACCAAAGGUGAUUUGACACAUAUUUUUCGCGUUUUUGUUCGUCAAAUUUCUAACUUUUCACAAUUCGUCGGCUGCAUUUAGUUUGCGAACGAUAUUUCGUCUUAAGCGACUUUCAUGGAUAAGGACAUUUGAACCACCGAGGAGACUUAUAAAGGAGUAAUUUCGUCCGGUAUGUAGUUAAUAGUUUACAAACAAAUAAUUAUAUUAUAAUAGAGCCUUAUUAAAAUGACCUGUGUCGAUUAAUCAAUGACAGAACAAUAAUAUUAAAUGUAGUUAUUAUCAGUAUGAAUAAUCACUAGUAAAUUAAUAAUGUGUCUGUGUAUGAACAAGUUUGAGUUAAGGCUGGGUCAAAUAGUCUAAUCGUGGCAGUGUUUUACACAAAAUAGGCUAAGAAGGGUUUGUUCCUAGAGCACCAGUAGGGCCCUUAAUAGCACUCAUAUCUUCAAGCAACUGCGGUUAAUAAUUUUAAGCUAUUAUAAUAAAGAUAUAAAAACUGU